GUCCUGGCUGAAGGCCCGGGUUGGGGCAGCUCAGGCUGGGGUCGAGGAGCGUAAGUGGGGGGAUGUAGGUCGCCUGCACAGUGAAGGGGACGUCAGGGAACGCUACCAAGGGACCCGGGCUGCGUGAGGUGGAACGGUGGGGCUGCUGCCUACCCCCUCUUCUGGCCCCAGGGUGGCGAUGGGAGAGGCGGAGGUGGAGGCGGGAGCGGCAGUGGAGCUCAGUGGUCUGCCCCCCAGCGUCCCAGACGAGCUGCUCACGCUCUACUUCGAGAACCGGCGAAGCUCUGGGGGUGGGCCUGUGGCGAGUUGGCAGAGACUCGGCCGCGGGGGCAUCCUCACCUUUGAGGAGCCUGCAGAUGCCGCGAGGGUCCUGGCCUGGCCAGAGCACACUCUGCAGGGGGCUCGGCUGAGCCUGCGGCCAGCCCCACCACGCGCCUCUGCGCGCCUGCUGCUCCAAGGAUUGCCUCCUGGCACCAAACCCCAGCUCCUGGAGCAGUACGUCCAAGCUCUGCUUUGUGCCGCCGGGCACCCGGAGCAGCCUUGCCACACCUUGGCCAGUCCCCGACCAGAUCGUGCCCUGGUGCAACUGCCCAAGCCCCUUUCUGAGGCAGAAGCUGGCGUCCUGGAGGUGCACGCCCGGGCCCUGGGCCUGGAGGGGGCUGAGGUCUCCCUGGCCUGGGUGCCCCAGGCCCGGGCAGUGCGUGUGGUAGGAGGUGACCCCCCUGCAGACCUGCUGCUGCUGGAGCUGUACCUGGAGAAUGAGCGCCGCAGCGGCGGGGGGCCCCUGGAGGGCAUGCGCAGCCUCCCAGGGCACCUGGGCACCGUGGUCUCCUUCCAGCACUGGAGGGUGGCCGAGCGGGUGCUGCAGCGGGACCACCAGCUGCAGGGCUCACAGCUGAACCUUGUCCCCCACUACGAUGUCCUGGAGCCUGAGGAGCUCACUGAGGACGCCGGCGGAGGGAGCCACCCAGGCGACUUGGGGCCUGGGGCCCCCAGGCACAUUCUCCAGGAGGCAGGAGGACCAGCAAGGGCACAGCAUUAUGCUGGGGAUGUCACACUGGGCUCUGAGGAGGCGUCAGGGCAGUCAGGAGCUUCUCUGAGCACAGGCCCUUGUUUGGACAGCUCGUCGCUGGCACGGGCCAGGCCAGUCAGCUCAGGGUCUUCAGAAGAGGAGGGACCGGGGAGCCCAAGGACUGUGGGGUCUCCGGACCCAGUGGAGAUCGCCAUGCGCUCUUCAGAGCAGGUGGCGUCAGUGGGCUUGGGGCCCGCGGGGUCACCGAGGCAGGAGGGCCUGGUGGAGACGGUGCUGGCAAUGGAGCCGGGAGCAAUGCGCUUCAUUCAGCUCUAUCAUGAGGACCUUCUCGCCGGCCUCGGAGACGUGGCUCUCUUCCCGCUUGAGGGCUCAGAUACGACUGGAUUCCGGCUCUGCGGAGCCCUGGCCCCGUGCCGGGCAGCCGAGGAGUUUCUGCAAAGUCUGCUGGGUAGCGUUAGCUGUCACAUGCUAAGCCUGAAGCACCCAGGCAGUGCCAGGUUCCUGCUGAGCCCAGAGGGGCAGCACCUUCUCCGGGAGCUGGAGGCACGGUUCCAGUGCGUCUUCGGGACAGAGCAUCUGGCUGGGGCCGUCCUGGACAUGGAUCUGGAAGAGGUGGGCCCCACUGAGGCCCUGCAGGCCCUCCCUGGCCUCUCCUCCACCCCGUGGCCUCCAGACGAUCCGGACAGUGACCAGGAGAACUCAGGCCUGGAGGAGGUCCGAGAGCUGCUGGCCACCCUGGAGGGCCUGGAUGGCGAAGACUGGCUGCCGCUGGAGCUAGGGAAGGAGGAGCCUGAGGGGCAGCCAGAAGAGGAGGUGACACCCUCCAGGUCUGGGGAGGGGCCCUCGGCCCCCGGCACGAGAGAGUCUGGGCGGCUGCAGGAGGAAGCCGAGCUACAGCUGGCGCUCUACCGGUCCCUGCAGCCGCGAGGCCAGGGAGCCGAGCAGGAGGAGGCUGCGCUGCAGCAGGCCCUGGCCCUCUCCCUGCUGGAGCCGCCCCCCCUGAGAGGGGAGCAGGAGCUCCUCUGGGGCCAGGGCCCGGGUGGCUGGGCCCAGCUGGAGGUGCACGCCGCCUUUGAGCGGGAUAUGGAUGAGCUGGACCGGGCCCUGGAGGCUGCCUUGGAGGUGCACAUCAGGGAGGAGCUGGUGGGGGCCCCGGGCUGCGUGCUGCCCGCGGAGCUGUGUGCCCGCCUGGAGCGGUGCCAUGGCGUGAGUGUUGCUCUGCACGGUGGCCACAUCGUCCUCCGCGGCUUUGGGGUCCAGCCUACCCACGCGGCCCGCCACCUGGCAGCACUGCUGGCUGGCCCCCGGGAUCAGAGCUUGGCCUUUCCCUUGGCAGCUUCUAGCUCCACGCUGCCACAGCAGAGGCCGAAGGAGCCCCUGGGCAGGCUGGAGCGUCUCGCUGAGAGCAGCAGUGAGUUCCAGGCGGUGGUGCAGGCUUUCUGUGACACGCUGGACACGGCCCAUGGCAGGAUCCACGUGGUGCGGGUGGAGCGAGUGCUACACCCACUGCUGCAGCAGCAGUACGAGCUGCACCGGAAGCGCCUGGAGCAGUGCUGUGAGCGGCCGGUCGAGCAGGUCCUGUACCACGGCACGGCGGUGCCCACUGUCCCCGACAUCUGUGCGCAUGGGUUCAACCGCAGCUUCUGCGGCCGCAAUGGUGCGCUCUAUGGACAGGGCGUGUACUUCGCCAAGCGUGCCUCCCUGUCGGUGCUGGACCGCUACUCGCCCCCCGAUGCAGAGGGUCACAAGGCAGUGUUCGUGGCACGGGUGCUGACCGGUGACUACGGGCAGGGCCAGCGCGGGCUGCGGGCACCCCCUCCGCGGCCCGCCGGGCACGCGCUCCUGCGCUAUGACAGCGCGGUGGACUGCCUCCACCGGCCCAGCAUCUUCGUCAUCUUCCACGACACCCAGGCGCUGCCCACCCACCUCAUCACUUGCAAGCACAAGUCCCGGUUUCUCCCCGAAGACGCCCCUGCGCCCCUGAGCACCUCCCCAGCCACCUGACCCUAGAGGCCCCCCUCGGCCCGGCCUCCCGCUCCCUAUUGCCCCGCACAGCCCUACCGCCCCGCCUCCUGUCGUGGUGCCGUGUCCCCCCUUGGGCAGGGUUCCCCCCACCCCGGCUUGGGCCGGGCCGACCACCAGGGGUCAGCAGAGCCCGGGUGGAGGGUGGCCGGGCCAGACCUCGCCCGAGCGCGACUGUGUCGUUUGAAUAAAUGUGCCUGUGA